AUGAUGGUUGACUGGUGCAAACGUAAAAUCGAACAAUUAUCGGGAUUAAACGAUGACGAAGAAAAAGAAAAAGUUAUGGGUGAAUUAUUCGUAAAAAUAUCCCAUUUGCCGUCUAGGGAGUUGGAAAAUAUCGCUUGCAAUGUGGAUCUGGGCUGGUUUUUCCACGAACUAACCUCCAAUAACAGCACUUACAUCGAAGAGGUCUGCAAGACUCUGAAUUUUUUAUUCGAGGCUUGCGAACCCGGCGAUGUUUACAAACGUCAUUCACUGGAAAUGUACGAAAGCCUGGCUCAUCCACAUUCAGAAGUGAAAUUCAUAGUUCUCGAAGAGCUCAACAAAAUGUCAAACGAUUCUGACCAAGUGAAACGACUUAUAGACGACAUGAAACUACUACUUCGAUUGAUUGAAACAAUUGGAGAUGAAGUUCUCAGGGUCGGAUUGAUGGCGAUGGACACGAUCAAGAAGGUGGGACGUACCCCAGAAGGUAUCAACAUUAUUUACAGAGGUGAUUUAUUGAGAACAUUAGCUCGACUCGUUGCCAAAAAUGAUACAACAACCUUUCGGGUUUAUGAAGUCAUUGUUGACAUUGCGAGUUCAUCAGAAAAGGGGUUAGAGGCCUCUGUCAAUUCUGGAUUUUUGACAAGCCUCCUGGAGGUUCUGGAUUCCCCCGAUGUCCUCCUUCAAUUAAAUGCUCUAGAAGCGAUGACAGAGCUGGCCAGCAAUGAGGGCGGUUUAAGUUACCUCGAGGAGAGAGACGUAUUGAAAAAAAUGGCCGAUAAAAUAGCGAAAGCCAAUGAAAAUCCCCUAUCAAACGUACUCAUUCCCGGAUUGAUGAAAUUCUUCGGUUACGUCGCAAAGAAUCGUCCUAGUGAAACAUUCGCUAAAUAUCCUGCUGUUAUCUACCCACUUUUCGAAAUCAUCGAAGGCGAUGAUUUCGUUCUCUUGACCAAUGCCUUAGACACCCUUGGGAACAUAGCGGUAAUGGCAGACGGAAAAUAUGCACUGGAAUCCCUCGGAGAUGUUAUGCCAAGGAUGAUGAAAAGAAUCGGUGAAAUUAUCGACAAACUUCCGACUGAACUACGACUAAGCGGAUUAGAUAACCUGGCACUAAUAAUUCACGUUGACAAAUCCAAACAGGACAACAGAAUUUUGUCCCUGACUAAAUGCUGGUUUGACAUGCUUCACUGUGAACCCCUCAAAUUAAUUGCCAAUCUUUGUAAGCAACCAUUUCCGGAUAUUAAAUUCGCGAGCAUGCAAGUACUUCAAGAAGUUGCUUCCCAAGAGUGGGGACAACAAUAUAUCGCUACCAUGCCUGGUUUAAUCGAAUUCUUAUUGGAUCGAAAUACUGAAACCUUCAGCUGUUGUAAAGACAUCAAAUAUAAAAUUGUUAAGAAUCUUGGUGAUGCAACUCUCGAUAUUUUUGACAGUUCUACCCUACAGCGACUUCAAUUAUUCAUUCGAGAGGGACCGUUCCACAUGUAUUUCGAUACAGAAGUUGCAACAGAAUCAACGUUGUGAAAAUUAUAUUAACAAACUAUAAUAAUUCCAUGUCAUUCAUCCUUAAGUUGUUAAACUUUUGUAAAUAAAUCCAAAUUACAAAGAA